CUUAUCGACAUAAUCGAUUUUUAUCUAUGGCUCUUGUAGUGAGUUACACACUCGUGAGAUUUCACUGUAACUUGCGAAAGUGAGGUCACAUUUUGCCAAUUACUUUUUCCUCGCCUCCAAAAUUUUACAGGAAAAAUUUUCGUCUCAAAUUUUCCUUCUAUAAUCUAAUGGUUGGCUAGCUCUGAAUGGUACUGUCCAACGUGAGCUCGUAGUACUGUUAGAUGUGGGAGUCUGCGUAGUAAAUAACUCGCGGGACCUGGCGCAUGCGCACUUUCUGUUGCGCGGUAAAAUGGCUGUCAGCCAUUUUGUCGUGACUCCGUACUUGUUACCCGUGGCAGCGUCUAUAGCCACCGGAAACGCUGGUCCCUGAACGGUGGGAAUUUCUACGAUCUUGUUUUGCGAGUUUAACAGCUGUAACACAGAGAUGCCCUCCUCCCAGCAAAAGACGAGACGGGGCACAGAGCUGGAGCAACACCCUCAGUCCUUUCGCUUCAACCAACUCCUUCACCUUUAGUUUUUGCUCCCAGCCCGCUACACGCUAAAAAGCUGCGCAGGCGCACAAAGAAUCGCACGGCCUCCUUGGCCCUCGGGGUUUGCGGGCUCCUGCGCGCGCUUCUCCGACACCUCUCUUGAUUGGCCAGAUUGCUGCGCCAUCCCGCCUCCCUAAUGCUACAAGGUUGAGAAGGAAGCAGAGGGGCGGGACCAAGCUGCGCGUGCGCGGUGCUGUUGCAGUCCUCUUACUGCUGUUGCGUUGCAAAAAAAAAAAGCCCUGAGUAGGUCGCGUUGGGCCUUUUCUGUGGUAGAGACUCUAAGGGACAGAGAAAGAUCUCUGCAACUGAAGGGGCCGUCGGGUAGUAUUAAAUUUAAGAUAUUAACACCCGCCGUGGCUUACAGGAAUGUGGGUAUAGGGGUGAUGGGCUUUAGCGCUGAGAGCCGAAGAGUAUAAAACCGUUCGUUUCGGCGGCAGGCAUUUGCAGGUCCUACUUUGCGCGUAAUUCUACCCGUAGUAGUGACUGGUUUAAACACGACCCCUGAACCGUACUGCUAAGCCCGCAGCCUCCGCGCCGCGCGUGGGGCGACCCACCGCCCCGCGCUCGCGGGAUUGUUCUGCCCGCGCCGCCGCCGCCGCCGCCGCCGCGGAGCAGCAGCGCUUGUGCAAACCGGGAAGAUGGCGGCCGGCGGCGGCGGAGGCAGCAGCAAGGCCUCCUCCUCGUCGGCCUCCUCGGCGGGGGCCCUGGAGUCCUCGCUGGAUCGAAAGUUCCAGUCGGUAACCAACACGAUGGAAUCCAUUCAAGGCCUGUCGUCGUGGUGCAUAGAGAACAAGAAACACCACAGCACCAUCGUGUACCACUGGAUGAAGUGGCUGCGGAGAUCUGCAUAUCCCCACCGUUUGAAUCUCUUCUACCUUGCCAAUGAUGUCAUACAGAACUGUAAAAGGAAAAAUGCAAUCAUAUUUCGUGAGUCAUUUGCUGACGUCCUUCCUGAAGCAGCUGCUCUAGUGAAGGACCCAUCUGUGUCUAAGUCUAUAGAACGAAUCUUUAAAAUCUGGGAAGACAGAAAUGUAUACCCAGAAGAAAUGAUCAUGGCAUUGAGAGAAGCGUUGAGUACCACUUUCAAAACUCAGAAGCAGCUGAAAGAAAAUCUGAACAAACAACCGAAUAAGCAGUGGAAGAAAUCACAAACAGCAUCUGCGAAUCCAAAAGCUGCUCUCAAGUCUAAAAUAGUUGCUGAAUUUCGAUCUCAGGCCCUCAUUGAGGAGCUGCUGCUCUACAAGCGCUCAGAAGAUCAGAUAGAAUUGAAGGAGAAACAGUUGUCAACCAUGAGGGUGGAUGUGUGCAGCACAGAAACUCUGAAAUGCUUAAAAGAUAAAACAGGGGGGAAGAAGUUUUCCAAAGAAUUUGAAGAGGCAAGCUCUAAACUGGAAGAAUUUGUGAACGGAUUAGAUAAGCAGGUGAAAAAUGGACCCUCACUAACAGAAGCACUGGAGAAUGCUGGAAUUUUCUAUGAAGCACAGUACAAAGAAGUAAAAGUGGUGGCUAAUGCAUACAAAACCUUUGCUAACCGUGUAAACAAUUUAAAGAAGAAAUUGGAUCAGUUAAAGUCAACCCUUCCUGAUCCCGAAGAAUCCCCAGUCCCUUCCCCAAGCAUGGAUGCUCCCUCCCCAACUGGUUCUGAAUCUCCGUUUCAAGGAAUGGGAGGUGAGGAGUCCCAGUCACCAACUGUGGGGAGUGAGAAAUCUGCUACACCCGAGCCUGUGACAGACAACCGUGAUGUGGAAGACAUGGAGCUCUCAGAUGUGGAAGAUGAUGGGUCCAAAAUCAUUGUGGAGGACAGGAAGGAUAAGCCAGUGGAGAAGACAGCUGUCUCCACUUCUGUACCUACAAAGCCAACAGAAAGUAUCUCAAAGGCCUCUUCGUGUGCUCCAGUGCCUGCGACCGUGACAGCAACCCCACCUCUUCCAAAGCCUGUGACUACGUCUCUUCUGUCCCCUUCCCCAGCUUUGGCUUUGCCAAACCUGGCUAAUGUGGAUCUAGCAAAGAUCAGUUCCAUCCUUAGCAGCCUGACUUCAGUCAUGAAAAAUACUGGGGUCAGUCCUGCAUCAAGACCCUCUCCAGGAACUCCUACCAGUCCCAGCAACCUCACCAGCAGCCUGAAAACGCCUACACCUGCCACAACCACACCCCAUAACCCUCUGGCAAAUAUUCUCUCAAAGGUGGAGAUCACCCCUGAGAGCAUUCUGUCUGCUCUUUCCAAAACUCAGACACAGUCAGCCCCUGCACUGCAAGGCCUGUCGUCUUUACUUCAGAGUGUUACUGGGAACCCAGCUCCAGCCAGUGAAGCUACAUCCCAGAACACUUCAGCCUCCCCUGCCAACACGACAGUUUCUACUAUAAAGGGAAGAAAUGUACCCUCCAAUACCCAGUCUUUUAUUCCCAAAAGUUUCAACUAUUCUCCUAAUUCAUCAACUUCUGAAGUCUCUUCAACUUCAGCCAUCAAAGCAUCAGUAGGGCAAAGCCCAGGGCUUCCAAGCACUACUUUUAAACUACCGUCCAACUCUCUAGGGUUUACUGGUACCCACAGUACCAGCCCGGCUGCCCCACCUACUGAAGUUGCCAUGUGCCAAUCUUCAGAGAGCUCCAAGCCAAAGCUGGAGUCAGAGUCCACCUCCCCAAGUCUGGAAAUGAAGAUCCACAACUUCUUAAAAGGUAAUCCUGGUUUCAGUGGCUUAAAUUUAAACAUCCCAAUCCUGAGCAGUUUGGGAUCCAGUGCCCCAUCAGAGAGCCACCCCUCAGACUUCCAGCGUGGCCCUACUAGCACCUCAAUUGACAACGUUGACGGAACCCCUGUACGGGAUGAACGGAGUGGGACUCCCACCCAGGAUGAGAUGAUGGACAAGCCCACAUCCAGCAGUGUAGAUACUAUGUCCCUGCUUUCUAAGAUCAUUAGCCCUGGUUCCUCAACACCCAGCAGUACAAGAUCUCCACCCCCUGGGAGAGAUGAAAGCUACUCCCGGGAGCUCUCCAAUUCUGUAUCUACAUAUCGACCCUUUGGCCUGGGCAGUGAAUCUCCCUAUAAGCAGCCUUCUGAUGGAAUGGAGAGACCAUCUUCCCUGAUGGACUCUUCACAGGAAAAGUUCUAUCCAGAUACUUCUUUCCAAGAAGAUGAGGAUUAUCGAGAUUUUGAGUAUUCAGGGCCUCCACCCUCUGCCAUGAUGAACCUAGAGAAGAAACCAGCCAAAUCUAUCCUGAAGUCAAGCAAGCUUUCUGAUGCCACCGAGUACCAGCCAAUCCUGUCCAAUUAUAGCCACAGGGCCCAAGAAUUUGGGGUAAAGUCUACUUUCCCUCCAUCCGUAAGGGCCCUCCUGGACUCUAGUGAGAACUGUGACCGUCUCUCAUCUUCCCCUGGGCUAUUUGGUACCUUCAGCAUAAGAGGGAAUGAACCUGGGUCUGACCGGUCACCAUCACCGAGUAAGAAUGAUUCAUUUUUUGCCCCUGACUCCAACCACAAUAGCUUGUCUCAGUCUACCACUGGGCAUCUCAGUUUGCCACAGCAGUACCCAGACUCUCCUCACCCAGUCCCACAUCGUUCCCUUUUCUCUCCGCAGAAUACCCUUGCUGCUCCCACGGGCCACCCACCCACAUCAGGCAUGGAGAAAGUCCUGUCCUCCACCAUUUCCACCACAUCGACGAUUGAGUUUAAGAAUAUGCUUAAAAACGCCUCUCGCAAGCCCUCAGAUGAUAAGCAUUUUGGCCAAACCCCCAACAAAGGCACUUCAAGUGAUGGUGUCAGUCUGUCAAACCUCGCCCAGCCCAGCCUGCCCACCUCUGAUCAGCAGCAGCAAGAAGAGCACUACCGCAUAGAAACCCGCGUCUCCUCCUCCUGCUUAGACUUGCCUGAUAGCACGGAAGAAAAGGGGGCCCCUAUAGAAACUUUGGGUUACCAUAAUGCAGCCAAUAGGAGGAUGUCAGGGGAGCCAAUACAGACCGUAGAGUCCAUCCGAGUUCCUGGGAAGGGAAAUAGAGGACAUGGGCGAGAGGCUUCAAGGGUGGGUUGGUUUGAUCUGAGCACAUCAGGCAGCUCUUUUGACAAUGGUCCCUCAAGUGCCUCUGAGUUGGCAUCCCUUGGGGGUGGGGGCACCGGAGGACUCACUGGCUUUAAAACACCGUACAAGGAACGGGCACCCCAGUUUCAGGAGAGUGUCGGCAGCUUUCGUUCCAACAGUUUCAACUCAACCUUUGAGCACCAUCUCCCCCCGGCUCCCUUGGAACACGGGACACCCUUCCAGAGAGAGCCAGUGGGGCCAUCGUCUGCCCCACCUGCUCCUCCUAAGGAUCAUGGUGGUAUCUUCUCGCGAGAUGCACCUGCUCACCUGCCCUCUGUGGAUCUUUCGAACCCUUUCACAAAGGAGGCAGCCCUGGCCCAUGCUGCCCCACCGCCUCCUCCUGGAGAGCACAGCGGAGUUCCUUUCCCUGCCCCGCCCCCUCCUCCGCCCCCUGGGGAACAUAGCAGCAGUGGUGGGAGUGGUGUCCCCUUUGCUACUCCGCCACCUCCUCCACCCCCUGUUGACCACUCUGGGGUUGUACCCUUCCCCACCCCACCGCUGGCAGAUCACGGAGUGGCAGGGGCUGUGGCAGUAUUUCCCAAGGACCAUAGUUCCCUUCUUCAGGGGACCCUGGCUGAGCAUUUUGGUGUGCUUACAGGACCUAGGGACCAUGGGCCCCCCCCUCAACGGGACCUCAACGGCCCUGGCCCUGGCCUUAGCCGAGUGCGGGAGAGCCUGAGCCUACCCUCCCACCCUCUGGAGCACCUGGGCCCAGCCCUUGGCGGAGGAGGUGGGGGGGGCAGCAACAGCAGCAGUGGCCCCCCCUUGGGUCCCUCACACAGAGACACCAUCAACCGGAGUGGUGUGAUUUUACGGAGUCCCCGGCCAGACUUUCGGCCUAGGGAACCUUUUCUCAGCAGAGACCCAUUCCACAGUUUAAAGAGACCCAGGCCACCUUUUGCUAGGGGCCCUCCGUUCUUUGCACCAAAACGCCCAUUCUUCCCUCCCAGGUACUGAUGGAAACCAAGGGAAAAAGUAUUUGGAACAGUCUAGAGAGCCUUGAAAGUAGGGGUUUGGGUUGUUGUUGUUUUUGUUUUUGUUUUCUCUCCCUUGCUUUAUUUUUUAUUAUGGUAAGGGCCUGCCUUCCAAACUGAAAAGUUAUACAUGCCUACUUUUCACUAUUCCAUCAAGUCCUCCCUCCCACUGCACUUACUACCUUCCCCAUGUUGAUUGUAUUCGAGAGGGAGAAAAAACCCACAACCAAAGCCACUUCAUUUGGCUGGGGCUUGGGGAGUGGGGAAGAAAAACAGUCUUUAUCACAUCUAUUGAAGACUAUUUACUACAUUUGAAAUAAAACUUCCAUCAGUACAGAUGAUAACAUGUGCAAUGUUGGGGUGUUAUUUGGGCUUGCCUAUCCAGUAGUCAGCUUGGUGACUGCUGUUACCAGUGUGACUCCCUCCCCCUGUGCUCUGCAGUGCUGACCGCCAAGGGAUGGGAAGCAUGGGAGACCUUGGGCCUGUCGGACUUGCUUGUUUGGGGUUUUUUAAAGGCAUGUUGAAGCUCCUUAUCCUUCUCCUAACAUCUUAAUUUUUUUUAAGUCAGCCCCUUCCUCCAAAGUACUAUCUGGCAGUAGUUUUGAGACAUUACAAACCUCAUUCUUAGUAGAAAUUUUUUCUCUUCGUCCUUGGAGUGAAAGAGAGGAGGCUAAAUAUAAAUUCAAGGUGAAAGUAAGGAGCAAGUGUAAUAUAUAAAGCUAGGAGAGGAACUGUUGAUGGUGUGAUGUGACCUGACUAUCCUUUGUAAGCAAGAAACUAGGACACAUUUUGAAAUAGUUUUCCACAAAUAUUGUAUCAUCCUCUUGCCUCCUGCUUUGUUCCUGGACUUUCUUUUUCUCUCUCAGUUUUUACCUUUUGGCUAGAAAGUCACUACAGUUGACCAUUGAUACAAAGGUUCAACUGAGAUAUUAUCCCUGUGUCUUAAUAAAAGAAGUAGACAUUAAUGUUACCAUGGUGCCUCCCUAGUGUAAUAUUUAUUGGUGAUUUUCAGCAAGGAUUAAUGCUUAGAGAAAGGAAGACCUUUGUCCUCAUCUCCCCUUGCCUCAGUCCUGACAGCACCCCUGUUCUUGGUAUUUCAGAGGAGACUUCUUAGUAUCUUUAUAGUAUAGCUCUUUAGAUGUGUCUUAGAACAGGUGGGCAUUGCUAUUCAUGUAUUUAUGGAGAAACAAGAAAACUGAUAAAUCCAGAUUGACCCCACUCCUCAGAUAACAAGCAGCCUAUAGUGUUUCAAGGACUAACCGUACCCCCACCCCCAACAGGAAGUAAAGAAUGUUUCUGCCCUUAGUCACUUCAAGAAAGAAAUGCUUCCCUUCUCCCUGGACUUUAAAAGGCUUGUUUAUAUUUCUACAUCUAGUACUUGGGAAAAGACAAACACUAAACUUUGUUUAUAUUUUUGGAUCUAGGGACCCUGAAAAGCAAAUAGCUGCUUACUACAUUUUUUAUUCAGUGUUUUCACCCUAUUGAAUUAUAAAUCGCCGGCUAGAUGAGUAAAACAUCCUGGCAAAUUGAUACAUUUUCUCCCAUCUUAGUGUAGAACUAACCAGGGAAGUAUGGGGAUGGAAUUUUGAAGAUGAGAGAAGCUAGAUAAUGUCACAAAACCCAUUCUUCAUCCAGAAUAAGUUUGCUUUUCAGAGAAAGGACAGCUUAAGCCACAUGCGCAUCCUAGCUUGGGAGUUUUCUGUAGUGUAUUCUGUGUAUUUAUUUGGGCUCACCCUGUGUUCUGCGGUCAGGGUGAUAAGUCAUUUGUCUUCCUAAUGCUUAUCUGGCUUUAAACAAGCUGUUCUUUGUUUCUUUGACCCUCUCAAGCCUCUGUCCUAUAGUUGUCCCCACAAGAGUGCAUGAUACCAUGACCUUCCAUGUGGGACGGGACAUACAGUAUAACAAUGCAAAGGAGAUGUAGUUGUAUUGGGUUCUAAUACUGAAAAGGAGAAAAGGGUCGGAUAGGGGGAUUCUAUUUGACCUUCAGAAUUGUUUUUUUUUCAAAAAUGAAGUAGGAUAUUUUUCAUUCUGGAACACAAGAAUGUGAAUUCCUUCUGCUGCUCUUGUUUAAGCUAAAUGUAGUGUUUACUUGAAAAGGCUCUCUGACCUUUUGAUUUUAUCGGAAAUUUGGGAUGUCAGCAAAAACAUGAUGCCUGACACAUGAAAGACUUUGUACAGUUCAAAGGUGAAUUUGUUUUUGUGGAAUAAUUUUGUUUUGUUUUUGCUACAAAAUCCUCUGCAUUUGUUUCAGGAUGGAAGUGAGGAUUUGUAUGAGACUGUCGGUUAACUAAUUUUACAGAAAUCUGUCUACAGCAGUGAGUUAAGAUGACAGUGUAAAUAUGUGACAUAGUGAAAAGGCAUUUCUGGUAUUCAUAAACGUGAUACAAACAGAUCUUACUCUUUCUGUGUCUGUGAUUUAAAACUCUGUGACCAUGCUCUGACUUGUAUAUCAACCUGAGUUUAAAAAAAAUAAACAAGCUAUUUUUUAAAGAAAGUAUAACAUAGUGUGUCUUAGCAAGGACAUGAUUCAUAUGAAAGCAGAAUAUGAGUUGUUGCUAAGGUCUUUGGUGCUCACUGUAAAAUCACAGACAGAGAACUCUAGUGAACACACUAGUAUCAUUUAAAGUUUAGUUACACAGUAUCAGGGAUAGGGCCCUUAAGUAUUUUGUAAGAGUUCAUUGUUAAGCCUGCUUAGAUGAGAGCCCUCCCCGCUCCCCUCUGCCCUCCCAAGAGUUGAGGUAAUUAGAAUAUGGUUUGAUUUGAGGGAGGUGAGCAGAGAGCAGGAUUUUUACCCUUUCUAGUACCAGGAACACACUUUGUAAUAGUACAUGGUACAGCAAACCUAUCUAGAUAUGUGAAUAUGCUAAACUUUCUAAUUGCAGAGUCUUCACUAUCCUGAAGUUACCUGUUCACGCGGUUAAGCUUCAGCUGUUACUGUUUUAAGCCGCUGUAAAUUACUGCUUCUCUCCUCCCUCCCUCUUUUUUAAUUGGUGGGGGGUGCCUGUUAAGAGUAAAAUUAGAUACGUUGGGUUGGUAUUUUCACGUGUUCGGUAUGGAAAACAAAACAAGUACCUGCUUUAGAGGCAACAACAAUGAAAGCCUUUUGAAAUGUGUGUUAAUAUCAUUUAAUAAAAAUAACUAGUUCUAAA